AUGAGCCAAGAUAAAUACACCUGUCAUCGGCUAGGCGAAGAGAUUGACAACGAGUUUCUCUCCAAUCACAAGGGCCAAAAGUUCUUGCCUUAUGACAAGUUAGACGGCUUGGUCGACCGUGAGAAAGUGGAAGAGACCUUUGAAGACGCGGGUCUUCAUGGUGCAACGGCGCUUAUUGAUUUCGUCAGAGGACGAUCUCGAAAAAUAUUUCUGAUCCUCACAUUGAUGUCUAGCACUGAGGAUAAGAAGUUGAAUCUUCUGAUGGGACUACUGGAAAACAGCGUCACCGAUGACUGGCUGCCUGUUAGGUUCAUUCGCGACGAAGAUCCAAAGAAGUGGUUUCUCGCCCCAAUCGGUCGACCACAGUAUCGCAAAGCUCCUCUUUCUUCCAACUGGGACCGGAUCGUCCGCGACUCUUUUGAGAGCUAUCAAUGGAGGAUUAAUGUGCUUUUAUUGGACCCCAAAACGCAGUUUAAUUUCAAAUUUGCGUCGGGCACAGUCCUACCGUAUCUUGAGACACCAACAAAUCCAGCAAGGGGUGGGGUUCUCAGUGACGUUUCUUGCUACAAGAUACACACUGCGCACAUUAAUCUUCCAGACAAAAGGAAGGCUCCUGGAAACGCAAUGGCUUUUGGUUUGAAGGAGGCCAAUGACGACGUCGGCCUCGCCAAGUUGUUCGAGGGGAAAGGCCAAAGUCCCGGAUCUCCACAAAAUGACACGACCUCCAAUCUUCUCAGACCGAUCGUCGCUUACGAAGUCGGCAGAGAUAGGUAUCUACUGUUUCCAUGGCCACAUGGCGGUAGCUUAAGUGACUACUGGGAUCAGUCCGCCAACCGUCCACUUGGGCACGACCAAGUGCAGUGGAUUAUGGGUGAAUUCAGAGGCAUGUUUAUCGCCCUCGCUAAACUCCAUGAUUCCAACUGUGUGCACGGAGACCUGAAACCUGAUAACAUCCUCUGGUUUACGGAAGCCCAUGGCAAAGGGGAGCUGCAAAUCGCAGAUCUGGGUUUGGCGGCAUUUAAUGCAUCGUGCGCCAACAUCAGAAGGAAUGACAAGGUUAUCAUCCGAACCACAACACCGACGAGAAGCUCCCGUUACGAACCUCCUGAGGCAGAUGGGGUCCAGUCUCAGCACGGAAAUACCACUAUUUCAAGAUCUUAUGACAUCUGGGCCAUGGGAUGCGUCAUGUUAGAGCUACUGAUCUGGCUGGCCUACGGAAACGAAGAUCUGAAGACUUUUCAGCAAAACACCCCAGACUUCUUUUGGGAACGUGCUCCACGUUCAUCAUCGCAAGAACAACACCGUGUGCAGCAGUUUGUCCAGUGUUGCAUCAGUGUUAUGCAAGACGACUUCAACACCGGGACGAUCUACAGCGAGAUCCUCGAUUUGGUUCAGUUCAAAUUACUCGUUGUCAAUGGACCUGGCAUCGAAAUCCCGUUGCAUAAGCCUCGAGCAACUGCGUAUGAGGUAGACACUUAUUUCGAUCUCCCAGACAUGCUGUAUCACCUUGCAGCGAGAGACUUUUUCGCGAAGAUCGCCCAGAUGAAUCAAACUAUCAAGAACAAGCUCAACGACAUCUGGCAGUCAAGACCCGACGAGGAAACUUCGGCUGUCGUCUUCAAAUCGAUCUCUUGGGAUAAGGUCAAGCCUGAGAAGACUGCUUUCGCUGAAGGUUUAUGUGCUCGCUGCACUACUAUCAAGAUUACAAAGUCAUUUCAAUUCACGUGCGAUGCGUCAAUGCUCCAACCAGCAUGCAAACUCUGCACCAUGCUUCUCGAGGCUAUAACCCGAGAAAACAUAGAGGCUUCAUCAAUAAGCCUCAGGCAGACAUAUGCUACCAUCAGCAUUGAAGAUGGCCCGGCCUUACUAUCCAUCUACACGCCACCAGGGCUGAGCACUCUAUCUCAGGCACAGACAGGUUCACCAAGAUUGCCGGAUCAAGGAAGCAGGGAACAGUUCGCCCUAUUGAAGGAAUGGAUUCGAUCUUGCGACGAUGACCCUUCGCACGAGCGGUGCCGUCAAGGCAAAUAUCUUCCCGUUGCUACCGUUCCGACACGGCUUAUUGAUGUGCAAGAUGGACUUCAACUGGUGACUUCUCUAUCAGACAAGACAACAAAGUACGUCGCUCUCAGUCAUUGCUGGGGAAGAUUGGAGGACAAUCAGAGAUUCUGCCUGUUCAAAGACAACAUCGACCAAUUCCACGCGUCAAUUACUUUCGAUCUCCUUCCACAAAACUUCAAAGAUGCUGUGAUAGUCACUCGAGGUCUUGGUCUCCAAUACCUAUGGAUAGACUCUGUUUGCAUCGUACAGGAUGAUGCGAAAGAUUGGCAAAUUGAGUCAGCCAAGAUGGAAGAGGUCUUCAGCUCUGCGUACGUAACACUCAGUGCAGUCUCCGCAACAUCGUCUUUGGAGGGGUUUCUUAGCGAACGCUCAACUCGAGCGUACAUUCAACUCGAGACUGAGAAUCACCAGCCGCUCUACGUGUCCCCGUCUAUCGAUGACUUUCAUCAUGACGUCGAGUUGGGUGAUAUCAGUAAACGCGGAUGGGUAUUGCAAGAAAGAGCCCUUUCAAGACGGUCCAUCUACUACACAUCGACUCAGGUUUAUUGGGAAUGCGGUGCUGGUGUUCGAUGCGAAACCAUGAGACGUCUUUACAACUCCAAAGCCGCAUUUCUUGGAGACCCAAAUUUCCCUCUGUCUGCUCUUCAUCACUAUAGAGACGGCAAGGAGAUAUUGAUACAGGAUCUGUACGAGAGGUACUCUGCUUUGGCCUUCUCUCACGCAUCAGACCGCAGCGUAGCCAUUCUCGGCCUUGAAAAGCGUUUGGCCCGGGCACUCGAGACGCAAGCGUCGUACGGCUUGUUCGUAAAAUAUUUGCAUCGUGGCCUGUUGUGGAAACGAAAUCAGCCUGAGCCAAUGAAGCGCAUUCAACAACCGGCAGGUCACCAAGUGCCUAGCUGGUCAUGGAUUUCUAAGGAGGGUGUCAUAAAGUACGUGGACCUCAAGUCCGAAAGAGUUGAGUGGACGAAUGAAUUGGAAGGCAUAUUCACUCGUGCCUCCAUCUCGGAACUCAAUGCGCCAUCUAAUCGUAAGAACGGCUCUUUCCCUUCGGACAUGGAAGUGUUCUCGUUUGGAUUGAACAUGAGAAAAGAAGAAUUGACGGUUCACGCCACAUUUGACGAGUCGGACGGUCUUGAUCAUCACGGCCUUCGAUGCGUGAUCAUCGGGCGCGAACAAUACGACAAUAGCCGAGAGUAA